AUGUUCUCUAAACAACACAAACAAGAAGCAUUCUUCGUGAAGACGGUAUUGAUCAAGAGGAAGCAUGAGAAGCUUGACAUCAAGAAAAGUGUCUAUGGCAAUGGAAAACUGUGGUUCAGAGGGCCCAUCAUCAGAAAAUCAAGCAGCGGACCGGUUUAUUUGGCAACUCUGGAGAAACCCACGUGGAGACUCACCUACUUGCCUAUACUUAUGGUUGUGAAGUCUGCAGAGGUUUCUGAUUCUGCUAUGCUUCAAAGAGAAGCAAUGGUUCUUAACAACUUCCAUGCUUGUCCCUACAUCUAUCGUUGUUUCAGGGAAGAAAUCAUGACCGGUUAUUGCAAUUGCAUUAUUUAUAACAUUCUCUUAAAGUAUGGCUCUGGUGGAACCCUAGCUGAUUUGAUCAAGAAAAGUGGUGGCAGAGCAUUGCUUGAAUCUGAUGUUAGGUGCUAUACAAGGCAUAUUAUUGAAGGUCUUGAUUGUGUUCAUAGCUAUGGUUAUGUUCACCAUGCUCUAAAGCCUGAGAAUAUCAUUGUUGUUUCAAUUAGUACUAGUACUGGGAUUGAGUAUGUGGCUAAGAUUGGUGAUUUUGGGCUGGCAAAGACAGAAAAGCAGAUGAGGAAGAUGAUGACAAUGUCAAAAUCUUAUAAAUUGAGAGGAAAUAUUCGGUGUUUGUCGCCAUAG